CUAAAUAUACAAUUUAACUGACACUAGGGGUCUAUAUGAAAAUAUAAAUCUAACAGAAAAACGAUACAAUAUUUGAAAUCUAUUCUAAACUGUGUUUCAUUUGAGUAUAAUUAAGCUUUACUUAUACCCAACCCCCCAUAUAUGGCCCUAGGAGCUAGGAUGAAAAACAAGGAAUUUAUAUGAAUAGAUAGAUGUUGUGAUACUAUCAAAAUUUCAAACAAAAAUAUCUAUAACUUUAACUUCAAAUGAAAAACCUAAGAUAAUGGUAGAUAUCAGUUAAAUUUACUAUUAACAAAGUUGUUGAUUUUCUUUCUCAGAUAUAUUUAUUUUUCUUUUGACGUUUCGUAGGAUGUCCAUCGGUUAAAUUAUUUUAUUUUCAGAGCCCUUUAGCUGUGUCAGAGAUUCCAAAGGAGUUAACAUUAUACAGACAGAAGAUGGAACCAGAUUCCUUGCAGUGUGUGACUCAGAAUGGUUGGUUGUGGCACAGAGGUUUGACGGCAGCGUAGACUUCCCUUCGUUUAACUACACUUUUGUAUAUCGUGCAGACCCUAACAGAUUUAAGUUCAGAGAUUAUAUUGAUAGUGAAAGUGUAUAUGGUGAAGGAUUCGGUGAUCCACCCUCGGAGUAUUUCAUAGGAAUGAAUAAUUUGCACGCAGUUGCUAGCCAGGCCAUGUAUGAGAUACGCUUUGAACUGACCACAUGGGAAGGGGACACUAGAAAUGCGUAUUACUCUAUUUUUGAUGUGACAGAUGUUCACUGGGGUCUACCAAGGUACAAGUUAAGAUUAGACCACUAUAGAGGAAACGCUGGGGAUUUUAAGAGUUAUGACUCUGGCAACAAGUUUAAAUGUGGUUGGAGAACAGAACAUCAUUUUUGGUGGUUUGGAAACUGGAAGAAUACGAGCCACAAAUACAUUGAUAAAAAGAUAGAGUGUGCAAAAGCUAAUUUGUUUGGCCGCUACAAUAACGGCCCUAAAUGUGACAUUGAGAUGGAGUGUAUGACAUGGCCAGCCUGGCCUGAUCAAGGUAAUAAGUACUACUCAUUUAAAAAGAUGAGAAUAAUGAUACGACCACUGCGUUCCAUACCUCCCUGUAUUGAUGGAUUGAGCAAGGACACUGGUGACAACACCAUUGUGAAAUGUGAAGGAGCUUGGCUUGUUGUUGCACAUAAGAUUGAUGGAAAUGUUCAUUUCAAUCGCACAGUGGCUGAGUAUAUAGAUGGAUUUGAAAGCACAUCUGGGGAGUUUUUCACAGGUCUUCGUCCGUUGUAUGAGCUCACAGAAAGAUUUAGAUGGUAUACUGUAAGGUUUGAGGCCACAACAAUAGAUGGAAAAGUACCUUAUGUGGAGUACAGCGCAAUUAGGAUUCGGGAGACUCACUAUUUCUAUUAUAUGCAGGUGAAAGACUUUCCCUAUCAUGACGAUGUUGAUUGGCAACGUUUAGAUUGUUCUAAUCCCUGGUUUCGUAGUUUAUUCGCAACCUGGGGUCAUGAAACAAAAUGCAUUUUCUCCAUCUGGUAUUGUGGUUGUAUGCUGCAGACAUCACCAAACUUGUUUGACUACAGCACUACAUCAUCAUAUAGAGAUAUUAAAAUGAAGAUUAAACUUCACCCCCUUCCUUGUAUCGAACACACCCAAGGUGUAAAUACAAUACAACUUCAGAAUGGAGAUACCUUUGAAGCAAAAUGUGAUGAUCAAUGGUUAGUUGUGGCUCAUAGAUUUGAUGGAAGCGAGGAUUUUUAUCGUCCAAUGGCGGAUUAUGAAGCUGGCUUCGGAAGUCCAAAAGGAGAGUAUUUCAUUGGGCUUGAUAACCUAAUAUCAUUACUGAAACACAAUUGGUAUGUGUUUAGGCUAGAGUUCACAACAUGGGCAGGCGAUACUGAAUUUGCUGAAUAUUACGUUUUCUUUGUAGGCGAGUUUAAAUUCCGACUUGAAGAUUUUCGAGGCUCUAGCCUAGAUCUUAUAUCAACGGAAUAUGAGUACGCAUAUGAGAUGGAGUUGCCUGACUAUGGUUUUUAUGAGGAAGUCCUUAAAGGUUAUCAGUUUGGUACACGGGACAAUUCCAAAUGCGGUAGCCUACGAAGAGGAGCAUGGUGGUACGGUUUUGCUCAUUAUGGCUCAAAUCAUGAAUGGCUAUGUGGAAAUGCUAACCCGUUUGGGGUGUAUAGGAAUGGACCAAAAUGUGACAUAAGACUUGGCUGCAUGGGCUGGAUGGGUUGGCCUGGAGAACUCUUCAAUAUAUCCGAGCGACAAAAGAACAAGGAGCUUGAUAAUGGCUGGUAUUCAUUCAAAGAGAUGAGGCUUCUAAUACGCCUGCGAGAACCUCGCUGGUCAUAAUCUUCUUGCAAAGUAUAUGAAUUGAAAAGAAUAGCUUAGCUAAUCUAUAUAAUGUGCAAACUAAAUUAGAAUGUUGUGUUCACUAAAUAAUAGGUUUAACUGUACCUACCUUAUCUGUAACUGCCCAAUCCCCAUGCGUUAAGGCCAGCUCUUGUUUUAUACUUGGUUUACUAGAAAUACC